GGAGAAAAGAAACGCGCAUUGCGCAGGCAUUGUACAGACGAAACACGGAAGAAGUCACUUCAGCAUGAGUAGCAAGGACUACGCCUACAGACCAUCGUUUUGAUUUCGGCAGAAUUAGGAUACCUCUAUUUUGAACUUCUUAUCUGAAAAGGCGGUACCCUUCUUUCUAUUCACACUUGGUUGCAACGUAGGCUACAGUAGGCUAAUUAUAGUGAGUCGAGAGGAGCUGACAGCCUGAUUACCACAUUCGUCGCAACAUUGUAUCUGACUAGGCGAGUGCCAUCAGUGUAGCUAGCAAUGUAACAGAACAAUGCAACAUUUUUAAGCAAGACUGAUACUUUAGUUUCCCGUAAUUUAAAGUAAAGAUGACAGCUCGCAGCAGUGUAACACAUGGAAUACCUAACACUAAGGUCAGGUACUCCAAAUUAGCCAGUGAUGAUGACGGCUACAUUGACCUGCAGGUAAGCGCUUGAGUGUGCUAGAAUGGGCCUGGUAGGGUUGGAAUGGAUUUCUGGAAUCUAUAGGCCAUUUGAAAUGAACUGCCCAUGGCAAUUAUGUGAAUCUAUAAUCAUUAUGUAACUACGCUAUAGACAUAGUCCAAUAUCAUUAUGUAACUAUAGACAUAGUCCAAUAUUGUUAUUGCAUCAAUCUACCCUGUAUAUGAAAUAAUGUUGUAAUAUCAGUAUUGGAAAAAGCUUUGGGGGUGGUUUGGUGAAACACUUAUCACAAAAUGUUUGAUCUUCUGUGGUAUGUUGUUAUGAAGUAAUGUUUAUCCCCCCAGUUCAAAAAGAGCCCACCAAAGGUCCCAUACAAAGCCAUUGCACUGGCCACCGUCCUCUUCUUGAUUGGCUCGCUGUUAAUCUCCAUUGGAGCCCUCCUAUUGGCAGGGUACUUUGAAGUCACAGUGAGUAUGAAAGUCCAUUUGUACAUUCCUGUCAUGUUUCACAACAACACAACAAACACAUUUCACACAAUUAACUUUGACACAUUCCAAUGUGUUCCUUAGAAAUCAAUAUUUUAUAGAUUUUCUGUCUUGAUUCAUUUCAGCAUGCUGACCGGACUGUGCCUGUUCUCAUCAUUGGAAUCCUGGUUUUCCUUCCUGGAUUCUAUCACCUGAGGAUAGCUUACUAUGCAUCGAAAGGCUACCGUGGUUACUCCUAUGAUGAUAUCCCAGACUUUGAUGACUGAGCCACUCCUAACUGAGGCAACUCAUAUGUUAUUUUCAUAUAGCAUUGUUGAAUACAGUAAACAGAUUGGGAUUGAGGUUAGUCCUAAAACAGUCCUUUGAUGUUUAUGUUCAUCAUAGAAUGUCUGUUGUCUUUUUAGUUUUUUGACUGAAUUACCACCAUAGUUCAUUAUGAUUGAUUGCUAUAUUUAGUUUAGAUAUGUUCGUGUUAUUGUUUCUAACAAAGAACAUAUGUUUUUUUAGUUGACGGAUCAAUUGGAAAUGUGAUUCUAGGAUGCUUUUUUCCCCCUCAACAUAUAAAAGAGAAGGACAUAAUUUCUGUGUCAAUAAAAUACUUAGCUGUGCUGUGAGGGAGGCAUGAGUUUAAUUCAUUGUCCUACUGUAUAUACAGUGCCUUGCAAAAGUAUUCAUC